GAUUGCAGAGUGAGUAAACACCACAAAUAUUUUAAUUACGAGGCCAAAUUUCGUUAGCGGCCAAACCUUUGAAUCGCUGUGAAAAGGUUAUCAGAAAAGCCAAGGAAUUAAUUACACAAGUAAAAUACAUAAUUCCACAGAUAAAACGGUUGACCGCGCCCGGGACCACCAUAAAACAAUUUAAUCAGAACAAUGGUUUUCGGGACCGCUUAGUGAAAUAUGCGGCCAUUUUGGAAAUUUAAUAUUUAAACGGGAUCGAAAAAGUGCUAUCCUUACGAUUAUUUAGUGCAGCGUUCUGUUGUGUUAUCGCUAACCGUAAUAAUUUACUUCUCGCAGGACAAAGAGGCCAAAUAAGUUGCACCCUUCAGUGUCCAAAAUAUAGACCGGCAAGGCUAGUGUUGCUGCUGUGCUGAGUUGUAACCUCUUGAUUUAAAGUUGAGUUUGGCUUGUGGAGGUGCAUGAUAAAUCUGGCUAGUUAGUGUAGGGAGUGUGCGAGUGAAGAGCGGGCUGGCUCGGGCCGGCUUGCGGGCGACACGAGCCAGUGAGGGGUCGGCAGUCGAGCAGAGAGGACGUGCCGCAGGCUUAGCGCUGGUGGGAUCGUGUGUGGAACGCUUUCGCUUCAAAAUAUUCAAAAAUCGAACACUCGUAGUUACAAUAAAAAGUGUAAAUAAAAGUGAUCUUGUAUCCGGACUGUAUAUUUGAUCGGAGGUCAAUGAACUUGUUGUUUACAAACAUUACGUAUGAACUUGCAGUGGUUUGCUCAACGCGUAUUUGUUGCUGAGUGCGAAGUAAAAUUGUGUUUCUGAAGUUAAAAGGACUUUCGUGUUUGUUAAAUAAUCGCUUGUGUUAAUUUUGUUGGUUGAAGAGAACAGAAAAAGGAGUAAAAAUUAUUUUGUAUCAGUUUUUCAAGCUCUUCCAAUCUGAUAAUACCCCAAUGACUGAUUAAAAGUGUUACUUAGACUAUAGACAAUGUGCUCAAAUUAGACUGUUCUUAUUGUGCUAAUGCAAACUGUCCAUUUUUGAUCCUUUAAUAGUGUCGAAACCAUAUGUGUGUAAGACUAACGUAAUAUGUGCUAAAACUGUUUUUGGUGAACUUUGAACAUUAUGAACUGAUGAGUAAAGUUGGAAUUCGGCUAGAGGUUGGAGAGCAGCGGCAUUGAUGGCUACGGAUGGGCACCAACUUAUCUAAAUUGAACAAGACCAGAGUCUCCGGUGUUAAUCAUCGCGAGGGAGCGGCCCGCAACGAUGCGGAGCGCGAGCGGCGCGCGCGCGGCGACUGGGAGGCGCGGGCGCGCGCCGCCGAGGCCGAGGCAGGGCGCCUGGGCGGCAAGCUGCACGCUGCUCAGCGGGAGAUUACCAGGAUGGAGGAGACGGUCCGCUCGCUGCUGCAGUACAAGACCCGGGUCGAGGGUCUGAAGCAGGAGAAGGCGCAACUGUCUUCAGCUCUGGAGGCGUCAGCCGCGCACUACCAGAGCGAGCUGGUGGCUCUGUCGGCAGAGAACGACCGUCUCCGGGGCGAGGUGGCCGCGCUGACUGACCCUGGGGACCAAGAGCGACGGCUGGAUGACGUGGCCCAGCAGGUCGUCCUAGCUCUGCUGUCUCAGAAGAGCGUCCGCGAGGAGCUGGGAUGCGCCCGGUCCCGCGUGCGCGAGCUGGAGGCCCAGAACCGGGCGCUCAGCGCGCUUUUGGUGCGCCAGCUGCGCCCGCAGCCGAGACCCUCGCCCGCCACGCCGCACACGCCAGCCACGCCAGCCUCGGCGCACACGCCGGCCUCGCCCAGGGACUUGCAAGUGCAACUGCUAGACGCGGGGUCGUGCGGCUCGCUGGUCUCCUUCCGCGACUCGCCGCCGCCGCCGCCGCCGCCGCACGCGCUCUGCCACGACGACAAGCGACGACACCAGAUCCUCGCAGACAUCUGGACUGAGCUCAAGGGUUUGGAAGUAACUCCAGCUAACCUGGCUCGAGCUUUGUCAGCUGUGGACUCCACCCUGUGGGCGCCCCCACCGCGCCCCGCCACGCUCAGUCUCAACAUGGCGCAACCUCGCAAUGAUACCGCUAGGGAAGAAAGUGAAGAAAAGGCUACGUUAGAGGAAAGCGGUGAAAUUUGUGAGGCUGGAGCGGAAUCUCCUGAAAGUGGCGCCAAAGAUGAGGGUUAUUCCACGAUGUCCAGUGACGUGCAAGCCGACGCUUCCAGACAGAGUGACCACGCCGCCGAUAGAGCACUUCCAGAUCUCAACGAAGCUUCAGACGAAACUGACAAUCAAACUAUUGUAUCUAUAAAUCCUAGAGAUUCCCGAAGGCAUGCCAGGCUUCUAACGACGGAAGCAGAUUACAUUUAUUUCGGUGUAGCUUUUGCAGGAGUCCGGGGUAGCUUUCCACCUUCACGGCCUUUGGUCCCUUUUCAACAUGUCGUAAGAAGCUUCUCUGACUCACAUUUAUGCCUAAAGUUAGUUGCCGGAACUACAUGCCCAACAAGCUGCCUUGAUACUCCAACGCCAAGCUCUGGAGUUUUAUUACUAGAUAUUAAGCCAAACCCAGAAAGACCGCUUAGAACUAGAGCAGUUAUACCUUCCACCACUAGUUCAGAAAGAGUCUCUUGGGGAAGUACAAUCGACGAAAGAGCUGAGGCAUCACAGUACGACGCCGACUAUAUCCAACACUGGCUUGAAUUAGAUGAUGCCCGAUCAGCGUUACAACAGCGGCAUCGAGACUUAGCUGACUUAGAAUAUGAUAGAGCUGAACUAGAAGAUUGGAGUCUAUCCUUAUCAUGUGAAGAUCUUAGAGAUAGACAAUCACCUUUUGCUGAAAUAACCACACCGGGACAAAUAUCGUUAUCAACGCUCCCAAGCAUUCGUGAAGAUGACGGCUUAGAGUUAGAAGAAGAUGGUCCUGAUAGCUUAUGGAAUGAUUGUGGUUUUGCAACUAUAGAAAUAGAUGAGUGUAGAAUUGGAGAUGAAUUAGACACGUCUGAUAAAAGAUGGGAGUGCUCUAGAACUCAUUCGCCUGGUGGAUCAUGGUCCAGUGCUUCCGAUGGUCCCGAUAAAAGGUCAAGUGCAGCCCUAAGUGAAGAUGGAGAUUGCGCUAACGUUGGAUUAGACUUCACUCGAGAUUUUUAUCGCCUGGUUAAAUAUGAAAGUACGAAAAGUUUGGCAUCAAAUUCCUCAAGAGGAAUUCCACCUCAAGGAAUUUCAGAUCCAGUCAAUAAUUUAAGGGUACACGAUGUGCAGGCGAUGGCGUUUCAGGAUAGGGAGCAAGCUCUUCAGAGUGUUUUAAAUUUUAUUGCCGAACAACAGAAAUACUGUCGUGAUCGGGAAGAGUCAGACUCUUCCCCCUCGCGGCCGAUAUCUGAGAUCCGAGAGCUUCCACCUCCUUACGCAGCAGCUGACUUUGACGAUGACUCUGUAGGACCAAGAAGUGAAGUAUCUGAAGACAGACAAAGGCCUGAUUCUUUCGGCAGCUUCUCUGAAAACGAUUCUUGUGAUAUUAUUGCCAGUGACCGAUUAAAAGUUCCAUAUUGUGAUACAGUUUCCGAGCCAAAAUGCACACCAAGGUUUAUUGAACGAGAAGAGCCUUAUGUAGAAUCCGAAGGAUAUUACCAAGAACUUUCAAGAGUCGAAAACACUGAAAAUGAAAUAAACGAACAUCUAAAAGUCCAGAGAAAGAAUGAAAUGAAUAAGACUAUUGAUGUGACAAACCCGGUUACAGAUUUAGACGAAUCAUUAAUUCCUCAAAGAAAAGAAGAGCAACCCUGUGAUAUAGAAUGUAGUCGAAGCUUGGAUUUGAACUCCGCCCUAAAAGAGAACACAGUCAACAUAAUGUUGAACCGACAGUCCUUCAUCUCAGACAGGAUGGAGCUGGACACAUGUCUGACAAAAUCAUCAAGUUUCCCAUUUCUGACCGGAGACUCCGAGAUGUCACUUGUCGAGGAAGUGCUAAGUGCCUGCAGGAAGAGUUCCGUCACUUUAGUAACCGUCCCGGAGGAAGAGGAGGGCUCGUCACCCGACACUAGUUCACCACAAAUGACUGAAUCAAUAACAACAAGUACUUCCACUGCCGAAACUGUGAUAGUAAGUAAUAAGAAUGAAGCAGUGGUGAAAAGAGAAGGGAAACUGAAGGAGAAAAGUCGAAUACCAACGUUGCUUGGUGGUAAAAGGCCUCCAUCUUCUCCGAACAAGACGAAGUCUAAAAUUCCGGUUGCAGAUAAGAAUAAACCUGGAACAACGCAAGUGUCCUCUGCUCCGGAUCCUAUAAUUGUAAAGCAAGAGCACACAUUGAGUUUUCAUGAGGCUGCGACAUCAAAAGAUGUUAUUGAGGAACUCAAUCGAAUGAUUCGUCAGAGCGAGGGUCCGACGGCGAUCGGUGCUGGAGAGAAGAAUGAAGAGAAGGUGGAACUGAGAUCUCAAGCGAACAAGGACAGUGCCUUGUGGGCGCCAACGGGGUGGGUGCACGUGGAAAAAGAUAUCGACUUCAGUGAUCCUAAGGCCCGCGCGAAUCUCCUGGACGUGAUGCUGGCGUCCAGCGACUCCUCGCCUUCCUCAUGCGGCUCCUCGCCCGCCGAGCCGCCCCCGCCGUACUCCCGCCUGCACCGCCUGCACCGCUCGCGGAGGCAGAAGACUGCCGCCGCGCUGCGCAGUCGCGGCCUCGGCGUGCUGCGCUUCCCGCGCCGGCGACGACCCUCCAUCAUCGACCGCGACGGCUUCUACGUCCGCUACGGCGACCGCGAGCGACAGGCCGUCGCCAGCUUCGACUUCCUCGAUGACCUCUGCAAAGACUGCAACUAGCAAUAACCUAGACUAACUAUAUUUUUGUAUCGGCCGACUGAGUGGAACGUGAAAGUUCCGACGUGUGCUUAAAUUGUAUCUCGCUUGUAGCUGAUAAAUUGAUAAGCCAAUAGAUUGUAUGAUUUGUUAACGUAGCUGUUAUUUGUAUUGCAUUUUGAGCGAAGGAGCUGUAUGUGUGCCCUAAGUGACUAUGGUGAGCUGCAGCUUGGGAAGUUUCGGUUAGCGAAAACGACGUGUUUUCCUUUUUACUUAGAAAGACAAUUGUCAUUGUAGACUCUCACUCACAUGUGUAUAUUUCGAACUUGGUCACCUCUAGAUCUUCCUAGAUUAUUUCCUAUAUGGUAGGUAGUCUACCCUUCUCUACUGGGCUGACAGCAAUUAAGGGAAUAGUUAAGCUGUAUGUGUUUUCGAAUAUAUUUAUGUUUUUGUUAAUCUGGCAGUGGAGUGGCCGCAAUCUCAGCUUUGCUUCACGCAACCAAUCGAAUCGCCACAAACAAACGGCAAAACCCAUAUAAUAUGCUUCUGUUUGAGAAACCCGCGUUAGCUUAAAUUGCGCCAAUUGCAUCGAAAACUUAGGUAAGAAAACGAAAAUAACUAAUGACUAAUAAAGAAAGCUGCGGCCUCAAAGUAAUGUGAUAUUUUUGUAUAUACUGUAAGUCCUACUUAUUUUCAUAUACAUUUAAAUGGAAUCCUGUUUUAUUUCGAGACGAACUAUCGUUGGUUGUUAAGGGUAGGUGGUCUAGGAUAGAAGGACUAGUGGUAUGUCUACCUACGACUACUUAAUCGUAUGUUAUGUAAAUAUUAUGAAAUAAUUAUGAUCGUACGUUAUAGGUAAUAGUGAGAUGUCGGUGUAUUGUUUAACUAUAGUCAUUAACUGAAGAACUCAUUUAACCUAACUUGGUAAGUUCAUUAACAUGAAGGGUACUAAAGUAUAUAAGAUGUGUAUAUAAUGGUGUCGUUUAGUUAUUUAUUGAGUGAUUUCUUUGCAAUUUGUGGUCAGUUGUGUAAUUAAUUAGGUAACAUAUCAUUGCAUUUUCCUACUUAACUUUCAAAUAGUUUGUCUUUUGCUCUUAUGGUUAUAAACCUUAUAUAAUUAUAGUUAUUAUCGUCAUUAGAUUACAGUUGCGCCUGUAAUAUUGAGUUCUUCUUAAUAAUGAUCCUUGAGAAUAACUUAGCUUAACAAUGAAACUCUGAAAUUCGCUUUUAGAUCUUAAAUUAGAGACCAAAGCAAUUUUUAACAAACUAAAACUUAAUUUCAUAUAAAUAUUGCCACCACUUGUUAAGCUGCAACACUUUUGAUUUGGAUAUAUGUAAGAUUUUUGUUUUUAUUUUGUGAAGUGGUAAAGGUUUAAGACAAUAAAGGAAGAUUAUACCUAUAAUAUACCUAUACAUAAACGAAACGACAAUUCGAUAAUUAAUAUUAACGAUGACCUAAAAGUACAGAUAUGGACAAAGAAAUUAGGAUUCGAGAUCCCAUACCUUGAAAAUUUUACGUUUGAGUCUUAUCUCAUGUAUUUUACUGCCAGUUUCAAUAACU